CGACUAACGAGAAUGGCAAUUGGCAUUUCUGCGUGAAAUUUAAUUAGUUUUUGUGAACAAAUGCAUUUUUCUUGCAAUAGUAAUUAAUUCUCGGUUACCCUCGCAGUAUUUAUUCGCUUAUUUGUUUAAAAAUGAAAGUCGUUAUCGUGAUUAAUUAUGAGCAGCGUUAAGUCAUUUUGUAAAAUUGUUAAGUGAGUAGUGUUUAGGGUGGUUGCUCGGUGCUCCAGGUUUUGUUUCUUGUAAUAAUGGAUUGAGAAGCCGCUAGCGUUGUUGGAAUUCAAAAUAUUUGUGUAAGGACGGGAUGGAUGAGGGUCUACUUAAUGACCUGUUGGAGUGUUCAGUCUGUUUGGAGCGUCUGGACACAUCAUCGCGAGUCUUGCCAUGCCAACACACAUUCUGUCUCAAAUGUCUUAAGGUAAUAGUCGAAUCUCACAAAGAGCUACGAUGCCCCGAGUGUCGGGUACUGGUAGAGACAAAGGUGGAGGAACUGCCUCCAAACGUCCUCCUCAUGAGGAUCCUGGAGGGCAUGAAGAACUCCGCACCCAGGAAAGUUUCUGUACAGAGAGUUAGGACUACGCACACGCAGGGCCAGGUACAAACGCAGCCAUCGUCUCGAUCAGACAAGCAGGUGCCACCGCACGGGAGAGCUAUGUACGAUUAUAUUUCAAAGGAACCCGGUGACCUUUCAUUUAAAAAGGGAGAGACGAUUUUCCUGCAAAAGAAAUUGGACCCUUUCUGGUAUCACGGAGAGAGUUCCGGUCGCAGCGGAAUGUUCCCUAUCACCUAUUUGCAGGUGAUGGUGCCGUUGGCCGCGGCCCCCGCCUUGUGCAAAGCGCUGUACGACUUCCGGAUGUCCGCCCCAGACGAGGAGGGCUGUCUCGCUUUCGAUAAGGGGGCUAUAAUCACGGUCCACCGGCGAGUGGACGAGAACUGGGCCGAGGGUCGCCUCGAGCAACGAGUGGGCAUCUUCCCCAUCGCAUUCGUCGAACUCAACCAGGCCGCUUCGCACCUCAUGAACAGCAGUCCGAUAAAUCGCCCCGUCCCACCCGCGCCGGAGCACGUCAGAGCGGGACACUCGGAGCACAGGCUUCAGGCUCAGCACCCUCAUCGAUAUCAACAGAUGUCCGCUUCGACCCCCACCUCGGCGCAAGGCAACUACCAGAACGUGGCCGACGGGAGCCAGUCUCUGCCGCCGUCCCACGCCAACUCCCAAACGGCGAUCCGGCCGUCCCAGACGUCGGGCCCGAUGUCGGCCCGCCGCGCCGCGAGCCCGAGGAUCACGGAGCCCACUCGGGCCAAGUACCUCCUCGACAUCGUCCACUUCACAAGUGCGCACAAGGCUCUCGGGGUGCAGAGCGUGUCGCGCGUCGACGACAACUACGACAGGUUCGGGGCCAAGUUCGACAAUCACUCGAACGGGGCCGACGUCGCCUAUCAGAACGUCCGCACCGAACGCUUUCCCGUCGCGAGCUUCAAUUCCAACUUGAGCUCCGACUCGAGCUCCAGCGCGAACACACCGUCCUCGACUACCACGCCCAACACCAGCUCCGACACCAGCACGUGCGAGAGCGCCGAGCCCAGUCUGCCCGGCUCGCCCGACAACGACACGGAGAGGAACGCGACGGUCGCGGCGCCGGAGGACAUCCGGGAGCGGACUCGAGAGACCUCUCGAGACCGAACCCGAACGCGAGACCCGAACGCUCUGGCGGUUCCGAACUCGAGCGAGUGUUCGACGGCCACGAACACCUCGUUGAACGUAAGUUUACCGACCGAGUCCUCCCACGUCGAGGCUCGCGAGGCCGAGCCGACGAGUCUGCCCUGCUCGUCGAGGAUCACUCGAUCCGCUGGAUCGGAGGCGAGAUCCAGCGGACCGGACUCGCUUCUCAAUUUCGGCUUGGGGCUGCAGGCCGUCCUGUCGCCCUCUCACGGCAGAGACAACUACGCGGCGACGAGAGCCCCGAGGGACCACCAUCACAGAGAGAAACGGCACAGUUUGACGCCGACCACGCAUUUGCAGGGAGGCCACAACCAGAACAGACAUUCGGCCGAAAUCCUAGCGACGUCCCUGCUCGAUCACACACCAGAGCGAGACGUCCGGGGCGAGAGGGAGAGAGAGCGAGAGAGGAGACGACGGCGGUCUCGAAGCGACGAGCGCCCUCUGCCGGCCGCGUACGUCGCGCUGUAUCCGUACAGACCGCAAAAACCAGACGAGAUCGAGUUGAAGAAGGGAGGCGUGUACACGGUCCGCGAGCGCUGUCGCGACGGAUGGUACAAGGGCUGGUGCGAGCGGCUCCAGCGCGCGGGGGUCUUUCCCGGGAACUACGUGGCGCCCCUCACGCCCGUGGCCAACCGGAUCAAGCACGACAAGUCGGCGUCCGUUUCGAGCGGAAAGACGGCGCCCCCGGCCAGCGACGGCGGCAACUCGAGCGCUCCGUCGGCCGCCCCCGCCGCUCCGGCCCCGCCCGACGCCCCGCCCAGGGCCGACAGCCCUCCGGCCGCCGCCCCUCAGCCGUCGACGUAUCCCUGGAGUGCGCCGGCCCAGCCUCAGCAGAGCGCUCCCCGAGCCGAUAAAGCGAAGGAUAAAGCGAAGUCCGAGAAGUCGUCGAUCUCGAGCGGCGUGAGCCUGAUGAAGCGAUUGGCGGCCAUGAAGAAGUGCAAGUCUCCGCCGCCCGUGGGCUACAGCAUGGACAAUCCGGUGUUCGACGACUCGCCCAACGCGUCACUCGUGUUCGCCGCGCAGCACCCCGUGCACGUGCGGUCGGGCUCGUGCCCCUCGCAGUUGCUGCGAGCGUCGCCCGCGGGACCGACCUCGGCGGGGCAGAUUCCGGCCCCCGCGGGUCCGACAGUGGCCAAGCACAGGGAACGACCGCACGAUCAUCGCAUGCUCAGUCGCGGCAGCAACGAAGGCCUUCGGCAGAACCAGCAUCGCAAGUCGCAAAGUCUGGACGUGACGGCCGCCCGGAGGGACAGACAUCACUCGCAGCCGGUCAAAGAGAGGUUUCGCUGCGUGGUCCCGUACCCCCCGAAUUCCGAAUACGAGUUGGAGUUGAAAGUGGACGACAUAGUGACGGUCUGCAAGAAGAGGGGCGACGGCUGGUACAAGGGCACGCUGCAGAGGACCGGCAGGACCGGGCUCUUUCCCGCCUCUUUCGUUCAGAGCUGCCCGCCCGAGUGACCGACCGCCCGACCGUCGGACGGUAAGCUGUCCGGCGUGAAGCGGAUUUCGACGAGAGAUUUCGACUAUUCGUUUUGGUGAUCGUGACGACGAGUUUCUCACUGCCGCCGACUUCAUAGUUUUGGGACGCGGACGAUUUUGUGUAUGAUAUUAAAUGUGAAAUCAAAUUUGAACUUAGUUUGUAUAGAAUUUUGUGAAUUUAUUUAUAGUUUCGAUACGCUUAUUAUUUUACAACAACCGUUCCCGGAAGGGUGAACGCCGGCGAGAGUCGCGACUCGACUCGCGAUUGCGCCGCUGCCAUAUUAUACAUAAUCGGUUUCUUUUUUGACUUGAUUCGCUGCGUUUGCGACCCACUGACGGCUUCGCUUUUGUUAUAAUUUAAAUCAAAGAAAAUUUGGAACCAUUUUUAUAAAAUAGAUGAUAUCGUGUAUAAAGUUGGAGAUAUGGUAAUAUUUUACUGAGGUAUUUUUAUGCAACGGAUAUUCAAAGCAAUAAAGUAGAGAAUUAGUACAACGAUAUAUGAAAUGCCGUAAUCGGAUCAGACGUCGUAACGGGGAGGGGCGUUUCGACCUCGUCGUAGACAAGUCGCAGUGUUCGGACGCGUGUCCGUUACCGAUCCGAUUACCCGGGAUUCGUGUGGAGUCGAGUCUCCGACUAUUCCUAUCCGGGCGCUGAGCACGGGUUUACUCUUACACAUUUUAUUGAGUGUAAACUUAAAGUAAAUUCUUGAAAUCAUAAUCGGUUCUCCGCCGAAAUAAGCAAGAACACGUCGCUAGAUUUACGACUAUUUUAUUUCAUGAAUGGGGUUUUUGUUUAUAAAAAACUCAAAUAGAAUUUGAAUCCACCACCAGCUGUAAAAUUUGAGAGUUAACAUUUUUUUCUGACUCGGACGGAUCUUCUGUUACGUGAGACGUCGUCUUGUUUUACUUCUUGACUUACUUGGUGACCUAAGAACCCUGGAUGACGGGGUGUCCGGAGUGCGCCUUCGUCGCGUUCGGUCUCGAGCUUCGCAUUUUACCUCGUUUCCAAGUAUUUAAUUGGUUUGUGGACUCAGUUUCCGCACUUAGACUCUCAAUAGAUCCGUUGUGCGUAUAGUCCUGGCUAACUGAGCCAGCCUGACUCUUUCCAAAAGAGCAGAAGUCUUCUAGGCACUUCGCAGGCUUCACGAUCUCACUGUUCCGAGGAUUACUGCACGUUGUUUAGUCACAGUCACUCGCAUUUCAGGACUACGUGGGUAACUGAUUCCUCUGCGCGGAAAUAGCCUCUGCACACGGGCUUGGCUGUCUGUCUGCGCCUAGGAGAAAAAGAUGUUUAUUAAGGAGACAAUGGUCCGUAGUCCGCGCUUCGAGACCACUUGAUGUUUGAGUUCUGCAGAUCUUUGGCGAUUCCAAGAGCGGAUACGGGCCAGCAGGCAUCAUUCCGGAGCCUCUCCUCGCAAGAUCGUCGGCAGCAUCAUCGUUGCUGAGAAAUACCCUGUGUCCCUUUAUCCACUGUAUGGUUACUCUGUUUGCUAGGGUUAUUGCCUCCAGUGCAUUGUGACACUCCAGUAUCAGUUUGCUGUUUGUCUUUAUGCUGACUAAAGCCAUCAGCACAGACGCACUGUCGGAUACGAACUUAACACAAAAGUUAUUAAUUCCGCUUCGGUUAGAGCGACACAUUCACAUUGAAAAAUCGAGCUGUGUGUGCCUAGAAAUAGGUGUAUGUUGAUGUUAACAUCAAGAGAGAAUAUGCCAGCGCCGCAGCCACGCCCUGUUUUUGAGCCUCUUCUCUCAUUUGUACAUGGUAUUUCUUGUUGAUUAACGAUUCUAUCACAUGGCGCAGCUAUUAGAGGUUGGUACUCUAUCGCCCUGUUGAGAAUCGCUGGUGAUUUUUACCCCAUAGAUCCAGUACCAUAAGUCUGAUGGCAGCUAUUGCUGCCUCCUGCUGUAUGCUGUAUGUAUUCAUUGCUAUAGUUGUCGUUGCUUUCAUGCAACCGCUAACAGCGGACAAUAGGCGACAAACCCCAUUUAGCGCGUAGGAUCUUUUUGAAUUGAUAGAAGGCGAUCGUUGCUUUGCUUAGUUUAUGUUCGAGGUGUUUGUUCCAAAGCAGUGUGCUGUCCAAAAUGACACCUCAGUAAGAACCUCUUGUUUUACGUCGCCAGGUUUGCUUGGGACGACCACUUUCUCUGUGGGUUUCGAUUGAAGGCCUGUCAGGAAAUAUGAUUGGAAUUCCACUGACGACUUGAUCUGAUGAUUAAUCGGCGUUUCAACCACCUAUUGCCAUGCCGUGUGCAUCUCGAAGAGUGGUUAUUUUUUAUAUCCUAUUUGAAGAUGUUGAGCUAUCUGUUCGCUUAGAUUCUCUAGGUACAGGUGAUUUUGAUUUAGUUAUUGCUUCCAAGGCCACCCUAGAGUCUAUGUAGAAUCUCAUAUUUUUAGUCACAUAAUAUAGUUCUUGUCGCAUAUGCCAGUGCUAGAAGUUCCGCCUGCAAGUGCAGGACGAUGACAGCUGGAACGUACGGCUCUUGUACUCAAUUUGCAGUAGGAAACGGCGGCUACUAAACUACUUUGGCGGCUACUGGAGUCUAGAUUUUUUUUACUUCUUAGCUAUCUUUAUGUUUAAGUUACGCCUCCCAGUUUCAGACGUAGAAUAUCGCAGUCUGCUUCGUGGUAACCUCCAGCGCCUGUGUUUAAUACGGCCCCCAUUUGUGAACCCCAUCCUUAUUUGCCUGUAGGUGUACAACACCGACAUCCGUCAUGAUCGCAUCAUUAGCGAAAGUACUUUCGACAGGUUCCUAUGGCUACUUGCACACACCCUUAUCUUAUUUGUUACAGCUUUAAUUUUCCAAUUACUAGCGAUCGAUCAAAUCAUAGAAAAUAUAUCCUAUCCAACAGCCUACAGUUACUAGACUAUAAUAAAUUAACUUAAACAUACAACCAUGACAAAUAUUCGUGGUGGCCGCCACAGAGACAGAUAAUCGGCGGAAAAUCGGAUGCUCGACUCGAUGUGGAAUCCGGGUGCUGAAGCGGCUAACUUUUAUUUGAAGCUAAAAUUCUGUAUUCUUCUUUUUGACAAUCUCUACGAUGGAGUCGGGAUGCUUCGAAUGAUCCAUUUUAAAUUGAACUAGUUUAGAUAUUAACAUUCAGUUCAUUAACACAUAGUAAUUAAUUUUAGAGGAAAUUCAGCAAUUAUACUAGAUUACAAUAUUAACAGCGUUCUAUACAGAUCGUAGGUUAGUCUUCGGAGGGUUUCGAGGGCAGAUACUUUCAUUGGUUAUUCCGCUGACUUUGCUCCGUCUAGGUGCAAUUUUUUUCUUAGAGAUGCUUUCUUUGCCUGCCACCGAAAUUCUCAUCGUAGUUAUAGCUGUAGGAAAUUUUAUUGUUUCUACAAAUUAUUCAAUAAUUUUAAGGACUUUGUAUGUGAGAGUGCAUGACUUUUGUACGAAUAGAUCUUAUCCGACGUUUUGUGGAACUUUACUCACGACAUUUUAAUGAAUUUGGAAAAUUAUUUUUUAGUUGGUGUGAAUUAUUUUUAUUAAUUUGACUAAAAAUCAACUGAAUUUCGGCCACGUAGAGUGAGUGUUUAAACAUUUUGUAUUGUCGGAAACCAUGCACUCAUUUUGUGUAAAAUGCUCAAUAUUGUUUUCUGUUUAACUCUUUUUACUUCGAAAAAUACGAAAGAUAAAGAUAACAGGAGUGUUUUUCGAAGUUAGCUUCAUUCGUUUGAACACGAAGCGUCGACAAGUCUGCGAAGGAGCCGUCGUUUCGUGUCAAGUCGCGUGUGAGCCUUUAGCGGUAAGUGUAUAUUCUACGUAAGGGUCGUUUCCCGUAUUUAUUAUAUUUUUACUCAUUUCUACGUCCUUAUACUCAUGGUAACUAUGAAGAACUGAUUUUUUGUAAGUGUAUUUAAUUUGAAACUUUGUAGAUUUAGAUUGGAACCCUUUUAUUUCCAAACAACGAAUUUGUUUCUCGACUUCGAUACGAGUAGGUUUUGAUACCAGCGUUUAGGUAAAUUGUUACAAUUAUUAGUGAAAUUUUAAAAAUGUUUGGCUGAAGUUUACUUGUGAAAAUUGAUUUUAGCGUAUAUGUUGUAGUUGGAAAUUUAGGAUAAGGAUAUUUCAUUUGAUGUAACGAGACAAAAGAACCAUAUCGAUGGCAGUUAGGCGAUUUGCGAGAGAAAUAAAUAAUUUCUUCUGAA